AUGAUCUUUAGACAACUCAUCUCUGCUGAUACCUCCACUUAUACUUUCAUUUUGGGCUGCGAAGUUACAGGAAAAGCUGCCAUCAUUGAUCCAGUGAUUGAAGAAUGUGAAAGAGAUGCCAAAUUGAUUAAUGAGCUUGGACUCACUGUGACUCAUAUUUUGGAUACUCACGUGCAUGCUGAUCACAUCACUGGUGGUAUGGAGUUGAAGAAGAAAUUCCCAGGAGCCACUCACUGCUACUCUAUUCAUUCGGGUGUAACUUUUACUGAAGGUUUGACCUUAGUCAAAGAGGGUGAUGUCAUCCAAAUUGGCGAUACUGUCAAAAUUCAUGUUCUUGAAACUCCAGGACAUACCGAUGGAUGUAUUACCUAUUAUUUGGAUGACAAAUCCAUGGUCUUCACCGGUGAUGCAUUGUUCAUUAGAGGUUGUGGCCGUACCGAUUUCCAACAAGGAAGUGCUAGCAGAUUGUACGAUAGUAUCAUGAAGAUUUACUCCUUAUUGCCAGACACUUGUCUUGUUUAUCCUGGUCACGACUACAAGGGAAUGCUCUGCUCAACUAUUGGAGAGGAGAAGAAAUUCAACCCAAGAAUUUUCGCCACACAAACCAGAGAAGGUUUUGUUGAAAUUAUGAACAAUUUGAAAUUAGCAAAACCAAGAUAUCUCGAUGUAGCCUUGCCAGCUAACUUGGUCGGUGGUGUCAAACAGCAAUAA